GCUGGACGAGUGACCCAACACCAGCACCUGAGCUGGAAUGUGGCUUCAGGAGCCAGGAGAACAGUGAGGAAACCAUGGAUGUGCCCCAGAAAAGCAGCCAUGGCACCAAGCAUGGCACAGUCAGGGAGAGGAUGAAGCUGGUGGCCAUCGAGGACACAGCAAUGCCAGUCCCAGACCCAGGGAGCAGCCUGGACUGGGACACAGCCCUGGGCCUGGGGCACAAACAUUUGGAGGGUGCUCACCCCACGGCAGUUGUGUUCCAAGGAGGGGCUGGAAUGCCAAGAGGGGACUCAAAGAAACUUCCCUCCAAGUGCAAGGAAAACAUGGAAAGAGUCACAGAAUCUCGUGGGGCUGAUCCCGGCACUAGGACCCGGCUGAGCCGCUGGAUUCUGCGCCCUCCCGGAUCUCCGCGGCACCGCAGCCCCCGCGGGUCCCUCCGCAAUCCCAGCUCGGGAGGGACCCGGGAUGGGAUCGAUGCUCCGCAGCCACAGCAACGCCCGGACACGCCAAGGACGCGGCGGGAGACACACCAAAGGAAUCCAAUCCCCGGGUUUAAUCCCGCAGCCCUGAGGGAGGCGACGGCUCCGGGAGCAGAGGGAGGAAGGAAUGAAGGAAUCGCUCCAAGGUCACCUGGGCAGGUGCUCAAACACCCGGAGCCUCCAGCAGCCCCGGGAAGGCGCCGUGGGACAGCCCCGGGCUCCGGGAAUUCCCGAUGGACACGAGCACACCCGGAAUUUUGGGUGACGGACACGGAAACCCGAAAAUGCUGCGUGGAACUGGGGCCUGCCAGGACCCCACGGCCCGGGAAUGGCGUGGGAAGGUCCAUCCCCACCCAACCAGUCCGGAUCCUGGAAUUCCUGCAGCCCCCGGAGCGAGGGAUGGCACCAGCAGAGCCCCCGGGACCCCUCAGAGCCCACACAGGUACGGCCUGGACCCCCUUAAUUAACCGGGGUUUGUUAACUUAAUUAAGGGAAUUAAUUAACAGCUAAUCCAUCCCAUUGUUUAUUCACACACUGUGCUAACAGGGGUGGGCCGUGCUCCGACAGAAUUCCCAGCAGGCAGAAUUCCCGGCUGGAAAGGGCUCUGCCUUCCCUGCAUCCAGGACUGGGGAUAUCCAGCCCUGCCAACCCUGCCAGCCCUAACGAGCUCCCCCCAAUUAGUAAUUAAUUAACAGAGAAUUGAUCCCAUUAAUUAAUUAUUCACGAACUGUACUAACCAGGGCUGACAGAAUUCCCAGCAGCAGGAAUUCCCUGCUGGAAGGUGCUGGGCCUCCCCUGGAUGCAGGACCCAGGAAUUCCUGGCCGUGCCAACCCCGCUCUGUCCCUGCCAGCCCUAAUGAGCUCCCCCAAUUAGCCCGGGUGCUAAUUACUGACUCAUUCCCACCUCGGCUCCACAUCAAACCUUCCCACUCCCACACUGCAAUCCCGAGGGACUGGGGGGGUUUCCUUCACCCCAAACUCCUCCAGACCCUCCUGAGCCCCCCCAGGAGCACCCCACAUUCCACAGGGAGCGGAGGGUCCUGGCACCGCUGGGAAAAGGGGAAUUGCAGUGGGAACAGCCCCGGGAUCUGCAGCCACAGGCAGUGCCCGGGGAAAGGGGGGCCCUGAGGGGGAACCUCGGGAACGAAGGGCCUCGGGGGGCCCAGG